AUGGCGGCGGCAGGGAGGAAUACACUAUUAUCUGCUAACUCUAAUGUUCAUAACAGUCCAGCAGAGAGCCAGAAUACGGAGGAGGAAGAUGGACAGAAUCUCUGGUCAUCCAUAUUGAGUGAAGUAUCAACGCAUUCACGGUCCAAAUUGCCAUCUGGGAAGAAUGUGGUGGUUAUGGGUGAGGUGGGUUCAGGUAAGACCACGCUGGUGGCCAAAUUGCAAGGUGUGGAGGAGUAUAUGCGGGGGCGUGGCUUAGAAUAUUUAUACUUCAGCGUUCACGAUGAAGACAUUGACGACCACGCACGCUGUAACGCCUGGGUGCUAGACGGCGACCUGUACCACAAAGGCCUGCAGAAGUUUGUGCUGUCGGCCGAGAGCCUGCCCCACUCGGUGGCCCUGCUGGUGGUGGACCUGUCCCGGCCAUGGCUGGCCCUCGACUCCCUGCAGAAGUGGGCCAGCGUGCUGGCCGAGCACAUCGACAAGCUCCGCAUCCCGCCCGAGACCAUGAGGGAACUAGAACUCAGAUUGGUGAAGCAGUUUCAGGAGUACACGGAACCAGGAAGUGACUUAGACGCAGUAACGCAGCGCAGAAACCCAGACCAAGAGGAGGAGAGUGUCUUACUACCGCUGGGCGAUAACACACUAACACACAACCUCGGCCUGCCCAUAGUGGUUGUCUGUACUAAGUGUGAUGCCAUUAGUACCCUGGAGAAGGAGCACGACUACAGGGACGAGCACCUAGACUUCAUCCAGUCCCACAUCAGACGCUUCUGUCUAGAGUACGGGGCGUCUCUCCUCUACACGUCCAUAAAGGAGGGGAAGAACCUGGACGUUCUGUACAAGUACCUGGUGCACCGGCUCUAUGGCUUUCCUUUCAACAUGGCCGCCCAGGUGGUGGAGAGAGACGCAGUCUUCAUUCCAGCAGGUUGGGACAAUGAGAAGAAGAUCUCCAUCUUGCAUGAGAACUUCCAGACGUUGAAAGCAGACGACGUGUUUGAGGAGGCGAUAGUGAAGCCCCCAGUGAGGAAGUUUGUACACGAGAAGGAGGUGUUGGCUGAAGAUGACCAGGUGUUCCUAGUGAAACUACAGUCUCUGUUGGCUAAGCAACCGCCUGUCACAGCUGGCAGACCAGUGGACCCCACCAACAGAGCCCCGACUGGCUCCCCGCGGACCAGCAACCGUUCUGCGGCGGCUAACGUGGCUAACGUCAUGCCCAUGCAAUCAGGUACCAAGAAGAUUGAUCCCAACAUGAAAGGAGGUCAAACCAGUGAAGGGGUGCUGGCGAACUUCUUCAACAGUCUACUCACGAAGAAGGCGGGGUCACCUGGGCCAGGUGGACAACCAGCCACGGGCAGCAGCACGCCGGGCACAGUCAGGAAGUCAGGUUCUAAACUGGGACUGACAGACGUACAAGCUGAACUAGAUCGGAUCUCCAGCAAAUCAGAACUGGAUUCCGCCAACUCCACCACGCCCCCCGCAGAAAACGACCAAUCAUGAAAAGGGGGAGGGGACACGCACAUUAUGCUCCACCUCCUGAUUCACUGCUCUCCACUCACCUUUACCUUUACCUGCCCAUUACCUGUCCUCCCCUUACACACCUGCGCUUGUGCUUUGAGACAACUAACAGCUGCAUGCUGUGAGAACGGCCUCUCUCUCUACCACACCCAUACAGAAUACUGACACACACACACUUACACACUCUACUCACACACACAUACACACACACACACUAUACUCACACACACGUACACACUUUUGUUACACAACACACACCUAAAACUGACACACACACACACACACACACACACACACACACACACACACACACACUCUCUUACUUUUGUGGCCUGUUUGUUUCUCUGUUUCUCUGU